GUAUAGUAAACACUCUCCAUUGCUGGGAAAAUAUUAGAGUGUGGUUUUUUGUGUUAAUUUUGUAAGAACAAAGAGUUUCAAUCAUCAUGACGAACUACUUUACGAUGGACGGGACGGAUUCCACGAAUUUCCAGAAGGAAAUAUCGGGUAUGAUGCAUGGGUUUGGCGACAAUCCGAAUCCUAACGCAGCCACCGUUGUCUUAGUUGAAAGCAUUGUUCAACAGCAACUCAAGUUUAUGAUUCAAGAAGCCCAUCAGCACUGCAACCUGCGCUGCGGUAAGGCAAUUACUAACUACGAUAUUAUCUACCUAAUGAGAAAGAAUAUCAAAAAACUAAAACGCCUGCAUGACUAUCAGUUAAAAUUGGACCAAAUUGACAAAAAAUGUAUCCUGAACAUCACUACCCAAGCUGAGUCCCUAAUCACAGGCUUGCUGGAUGACGAAAAAGACCCAACUGUGAAGAAACGCAGGACACACAUAGACUACAUCAGAGAAUUUGAUGAGGCUGACGAAGUAAGCCAGAUUAAAUUUGAUUCCAUAGAUUACAUACGAAAAGUUCGUGCUGCUAAAAUCACAGAGUCUAUGACUUUCGAGAAGUAUGAGGCCUACCAUAAAGCUAGAUGCUUGUCUUUCCGUUCUGGUUACGGAAUCGGAAGAGGUUUUGUUAAACUGGAGCGCUGGUUGAAUCCAGUAAAAGAAUUCAAGCUGACACAAUCAGCUUUAGAAGUUUUAGGCUUUGUGGCUUACGAAACAGUUGCAGAGAUUGUAGACGGAGUCUUCCUAGUCCGCCAAGAUGCGAAGAAGAGAAGCGGAGAUCCUUUUAGCAAAUUCGAAGGUGGCUACUUCUGUAAUCCGGUCAGCUUGAGUAAUGCUGUAUAUAUCAAAUCUGGGUACGAAGGAGUUCCAGCUAUAACUGUAGCGGAAGUCAGGGAGGUGCUGCGAAGAUAUUACUCCCCAAGGACAGGAAUGAACGGAUUAUUCUAUAGGAAUAUGAGCUUGGAUUUACCAAUUCGGUAUAUAGCAUUGUGAGAGGGUGUACGGUUGUAGAACAACGAUUUUAUGAACUUUAGUGUAUCUAUGUUUGUGCCAAGUUGCAUAUGGUAUUUUUGGUGUUUGUGUGGACUGAGUAGCAAACUCAUGCUUUAUCAUGCUUGAUGUUUUAAAGUAUAAGAUAAUUAUGUUAAGAUACUCAAGGCUAAAAAGUCUAACUGCGGCACUCAGAGACAUUGAAUGAUUACUGAAACUAUUCCUUAGUAAUGAUUUUGUAUAGAAAAGAUUGCUAAGGACUGGGUUAAGUAACCAUUAAAUGACUCUGAGUAUGGCGGUAUGUGUUAUUAAAUAAGAGAUCAUAUUAGUUAGGUAACCAUACAAUAAAAUGUGUUAUUAGUUUAUAACAUAGGAUUUAAGAUUAAAAAUUUUGGCUAUGAAAUGUUUUUCUUUUUUAUUUGGAUUAAAGAGUUAAAAAUGGUUUACAAUUGUAUCCUUCUGCCUGUAGUUCUGUCUGACAAUAAUUUACAUAAUUUGUAAAAUUUUAAGCAUGGGAGAGCCAUGUUUCAGCAUGAAUGGGUUGGCUGGGCUGGCCCGACGGGAGUGAUACCACAGCCUCAGAGAGAAUUGAUGUGAAACAAUGUUUGCAUUGUGUGAGUGAGGUUACCGGAGGUUUAACUUAACUUAAUUCUGUAUUUUUUAUUCUCUUUGGAUAGUCACAAACUCUCAUAUGUAGAGAGUAAUAGAUAUUAAGGAUUAAGGAUUGUAGUAAUGGUAAGAUCGGUUGCCUUUGACUCUAAGGGGUAACUUUGAAAUUCUUUAACUGAUAGAAAUCCAGAACAAACAACAGACCAAUGAAAGACUAAUAUACACUAUAUUAUAUAAUAUAACUAAUAUCUGCUAUAAUAUUAGUUUUUCAUUGGUCAAAAAAUGGGUCGAAGUUACCCCUUAGGGUCAAAGAAACCCUAUUAUACGGUACUUAGUAUUAAGUCAGCUUUAUACUAUUCUCAUAAACUUAGUUUAGGAUCGAUGAAAGAUAUGAGGUUCCUGUUGCCUCGUACAUAUAUUAUUAUGUACAUACAUAUUGUCUCUUUCCAUAGUUUUUCAGCUUUCUGAAAAAACAACAUAAACAAUAUAAAUUAAAUAAUGUUCGUAAGGUUUGGGUGUUCUGUUAUGUGGAUGCUCAAUUAUUUUCGAGCCACAUCGGGACCCUAAAGUUCGCGACAAAGUCGCGCGGUUAGCGGGUCAUCUUCUUAACGCCUAACAGAACAUAUUUAAUUUGUUAUAACGAUAGUUAUUAACCAAAAAAGUUGAAAAUCCAUUUAAUAAAUUGGAUGAUUUUGCUUUUAUAGUUAGAUAUGUAAGAAAUAAGAGCUUCCUUGUUCUCAUUCAAGUGAUAAAAAUUUAGGUUAUUCCGGGCAAGGUUUUAUAUCCGGAUCGGACAAAGUAUUAUUGGAAUGUAAGAAAAUACGAGUACGUCAUUAUAAAAUAAAAUUGUGUAACUUUA